UUUGAUUUUCCCAAGACGAAAUCGCAGAACAUCGAACUUAACCGCACGCGAAUCCUUAGCAUAACGCCAAUUGCUUAAACGUCGCCAUCUCCUGUACAUAUAAAGGGUGCAUAAUUCCUAAGGAUGCAUCAUGGGCGGUCAAAGGCAGAUUAAGCCCCGCCAGGUCUAUCAGACCAUGACCAACCUGUUAAACCAUCGAAUAUUUCCCGUUGCCAAAGUCCAACAACCAGUAUGGUACAAAGUCGUUGAGUCCAUACCUCCUCCCGAAAUCCUCAUACGGACACUCCCACCUCAACAUCGAGAGCCUAACCCAAAAAUGCGGAAGCCGAGCAAAAUAUUCAAACCGCAACAAAUAACAUACGAGGAAGAUGGGCUACGGAAGACCUUCUUUAAAGACCACCCUUGGGAGUUGGCAAGGCCGAGGAUGAUCAUUGAGAUGGACGGAAAAGAUGCGCGGAGAUAUGACUGGUCCAAGGGCUUAAGACAACCUGGCAUGCCGCUAUGCGGAGAGUGUGUCGUUCAAUAUCAGAUGUGGAUGAUGCACAAUAUCCCAGGUAUAACAAAAGAGGAAGCAUACGACAAAGCACGGCACGAGUUCUACGGGCUACGACAAGAGGAAGAAAUUGAGCGAAGGAUAGCCAAAGAAGAGGCCCAGAUGGUAGGCGCAUACUUUGGCAAGACCUUCAUCAGAGUUGGUUUGGAUCUCGAGGACGACCAAUUCGAGAGAUGGAAGAAGUGGGCCAGCAAGCAAAUCGAAUCGGUACAAGCAGAGCGGGACGCAGCAUACACGUCAUUUGGUGUCGACGAAGAUGCCAAUGUCGAUGAUAUCGACUUGGACGAAGAAAUGGGCAUAAAUGAGGAUGUGGAAAAACCUCCACCAGAGUAAUAGACUCGGUAGCAUCCAUGGAUAUUUCGCAUAUAUUCAAUGUAGCACCAACUGUACAAGUCCCACACACAUAUCCACCACCACGCCUAGUCCGGUCGACUUUGUGACUCUCGUAGAGUCGGGAUAUAAGAUGAAAACACAAUGCGCGCUUGU